AUGGUAAAUAAUGCUCGCUUACUACCACUGGCAUCCAGGGUUCAGUGCUAUCGAUACAACACUCCUUUUAAGAAAGACAUCCAGAACUGGGUUUUUAAGCUCUCCACAUCAUCAGACAUCAUCGAGCAGUGGCUGCUUGUUCAGAACCUGUGGGUGUACCUGGAGGCCGUGUUUGUGGGUGGAGACAUUGCCAAGCAGCUUCCACAGGAAGCGAAGCGCUUCCAGAACAUCGAUAAAUUAUGGAUAAAGAUCAUGCAGAGAGCCCAUGAGAUCCCCAGUGUGGUGCAGUGCUGCGUGGGAGAUGAGACCAUGAGCCAGCUUCUACCUCACCUGCAGGAGCAGCUUGAACUCUGCCAGAAAUCUCUCACAGGGUAUGAACACAGCCCCACACUGUACAGGGUGUCGAUCUAUUUCAGGGCAGAAGAAAACCCAUAUGGACAAGCGAAGAACAUACAAAACUUCUCAUGGUGGAUGUAUAUCGAGCAACAAGUGGCAGUGGUGUAGCUUGAACCAGCUUAUAUAUUGCCCAUUGACCAAAGGCACGGAUCAAACCUAGGUCUGCAGAACUCUGGUUUCACCCCUUCUUAUUAUUCAAAUGAUUCACAUGUUUCAGACACAACCGCUGAAAUUCAUGAUAUAAAACUAUAAUACCGUGCAGCAGCAGUUUAGGGAAGGUCCUUUCUGUUCCAGCAUGACUGCGCAAAGAAGCUCCAGUGUCCUGCACAGAGCUCUGACCUCAGCCCCACUCAACAGCUCUGGGAUGAACCAGAACAUUAACAUCGAUGCCCAGUCGUACUAAUGCUCUUAUCACUGAGUGGGCACAAAUUCCCAUACUUCAGAACAGAGGCUGUUGUUCUAGCUGAAAAUAUCACACAGAGGUCACUAGA